GCCGACUCGAUCCCUCCCCGACAAGAGACUAUCAACGACCACCGAAUUCGCCCCGGCCAAGUCAGUCAAAAUGGUCAACGUUCCGAAAACCCGCCGGACCUACUGCAAGGGCAAGGAGUGCAAGAAGCACACCCAGCACAAGGUCACCCAGUACAAGGCUGGCAAGGCCUCCCUGUACGCCCAGGGUAAGCGUCGUUACGACCGGAAGCAGAGCGGUUAUGGUGGUCAGACCAAGCCCGUCUUCCACAAGAAGGCCAAGACUACCAAGAAGAUCGUCUUGCGUCUUGAGUGCACUGCUUGCAAGCAGAAGAAGCAGCUCUCUCUGAAGCGUUGCAAGCACUUCGAGCUUGGUGGUGACAAGAAGACCAAGGGUGCUGCUCUUGUUUUCUAAAUUUGCGAUUUCCUUGUUCGGCUCUGGGUUUCCUGCAUUGCACAGGCCGCUACUCCCGCGGCGGGGCACAUGACAUUGGGCAAUGGGAAAAUGAAUAGGACUUCAUAUUCAGAAAAAAAAAGAAUAUAUGACUCCUAGUUGAUGAGUCUCUUCAUGAAUUAAUCCCCUUUAUGACGAGUAGAAUGUCG